CCACAAUCGUACCAAGAGCCUGUCCCGAAAAAAGUAGCUAUUUUUUUCUACCUGCAAGUACAUAUUAUUUUCGAAUGUUUUGCAUAGAUAACGCUAGCUGACUUCCAAUAAUUUUUUUAUAUGUGGCUAGACUCUGUGCUGCAUGUUUUUAGGGAUAGGAAGUUUUCUGGCAAGUAGCUAAGGUAUAACGUUAGCUAUGAUGUGAUACUUCGAGUCAUUCAACUGCUAUCCAACUACUGUAGCUAUCCAGAAUGCUAUCGCUCAGUCAAUUAUUGUGGCUAUUUUGUAGCCUAGCUUGUAUUUUAUCACAAUGCACCUAUGCAAAAGACUUAAAAAGCUCAUGUAAUACCUGCAAACAGAUAGCUGAUAACUUCAUUAAGGGAUUGGACCGAACAAAAAAGCAGAACUUUGGUGGAGGAAACACUGCUUGGGAGGAGAGGGCACUUUCCAAAUAUGAGACGAGUGAGAUCCGCCUAGUUGAGAUUCUGGAGAAUCUGUGUGACAGCAGCAGCUUUGACUGUAACCACAUGGUAGAGGAGCAUGAGGACCACUUUGAGACCUGGUGGUUCAAGAGGCAAAAUAAGCAUCCUGAUCUGUAUAAGUGGUUCUGCAUUGAUACCAUCAAUGUGUGCUGUUUGAAGGGAACAUUUGGCCCUGAUUGCAAUGCCUGUGUGGGGGGUUCUGAGAGGCCUUGCCAUGGCAACGGUGUGUGUGACGGUGAUGGAACACGAGGGGGUAAUGGCAGGUGCAACUGUGACCAUGGUUACAAUGGGGAGUUUUGUCUGGAUUGCAUCGACGGAUACUUCAAUGAAAUUAGGAACGACACGUUUUCACUAUGCACAGAGUGCCACUCCUCCUGCAAGACCUGCACUGGUCUAACCAAUGAGGACUGUGAGAAGUGCAAGACUGGCUGGGGGGAAGAUGACGAGGGGGCCUGUCUUGAUGUGAACGAGUGCUUGAACGACCCUCCUCUCUGCAAAGAGGAUCAGUACUGUCUGAACACAGAUGGCUCGUUCUCCUGUAAUGGCUGUGACAAGGUGUGUUCAGGCUGUACUGGGGCAGGGCCUGAUAAGUGCCAGAGCUGUGCUCCUGGAUACCAGGACACAGAGGGCACCUGCACAGAUGUGAACGAGUGUGAGCAGCCUGACGCUGUGUGUACUGCGGAGAACCAGGAGUGUGUGAACAACAAAGGAAGCUACAUCUGUAUCUGUGCCAGCAGUUACGAGGAACAGGAGGGAGUCUGUGUCAAAAUACCCGAGCCAGGUGCAGUUGUAUCAGAUGACUCUUGGUUCUCUUGGUUGACACUGUAUUUGACAUCAGUGCAUGAUCAAGCAAAGGAGAAUGAGGAGGCGGCUGAAACGGUGAAACAUCCAGAAGAGCACGUGGACCUUUGACUUUAGGAAAUGAACCAAUCGGAGCAAACCAGGAAGAGCAUUUGGAGUAAAUGUAUUAGGUGGGUGUGACCUGUGAUACUACACCCCUACAGCUCACAGCAUCAAAAUAUCUUGAGGCCACUACUUUUAAAUAACUACAUGGCAGUUAUUGAACACUUGACAUGCAUACUGCACUCUUUAGACUUUUAUACCUGUGGAUUAUGGAUGGACAGCCAACAGAAUGGCUGAGAAAAUAAAGAUUCAAUCCCCAAGUA